AUGGUAAUCGCACGCUACACUCCGGAACUUCGCAUCAGAGCAUUCACAAUGCUGGACCUAGACGCUUUCGAUCGUAUCUGCCGCUUCAAAGACGCCGAGAAGCCGGCGCCGAUGCAAGAACCUCCCGCAGGGGAACUCGAACAAUCAACCAAGAUCGAGAACUACGAGAUCUUCGAGCUCGUCCAGAACGCUCUGAAGCAUGAAUUGAAGCGAGAAGUGGCAGAAGAGCCCGAGCUGGUGUGGCACGGAGACGGAAUGGACAAGGAAAGAAUGCAGGAGGAGCUCCGCCGCGCCAUACACCUCGACCGAGUGGAGGACUUCUCACCGGAAAGAGAAGAUAUCCCAGAUUGCGACCUCUUGAUGGACGAACUGGACCAGCAGAUGGAGGAGAUCGCCCUUCGUCGAUUUAGGCCGGAAAAGGAGCCGGCAUGGGAUCGUGUGGCAAUGACAGCUGCCGCCCUUAUUGUUUGCAUCUCGAUCUCGAGAGAGCUUUCAUAUUGGUGGUGA